CGCCGCAGUUUUGACAAUUGUCUUUAAAGGUUUCCUUUAUUCCGCCUCUAUUAUCUUUGAUUUUCGCAUUUUACUAUUUGCUGGAGGUCCUUCCAAAUAUACAUAUAAUUGUAUCGUUUCCACUUUUCGAAAUCUAAAAGUUUAUAAGAAUUGAUAUUUGUGUCGAGAAGAAACGAUGGAGCAAGAGAAUAAAAAUCAAUUGGACGAUGUGCAGCGGCAGAUAUUUGAUAGAAUCUCCAAAAACGAUGUUGAUGGUUUCCAGCAGCUGAUAACCCAACUGAAGGGAUGUGUGGAUUUUGUGGAUGGUGAUGGAAUGACUCCUCUUCAGCAUGCUUGUUGCAAAGGUAAUAAAGAGGCUGUACAGACACUAUUAGAUAUGGGAGCUGAUAUAAAUUUUAAUAAACACGGCGCUGACUACACGCCACUACAUUUCGCGGCUCUAUCAGGCAACAUGGAAGUAUGCCGCCUUAUUCUAGAUGCUGGCAUAAACCCAAGCAGUUUGAACAGCGUCUCACGAACGGCAUCACAGAUGGCAGCUUUUGUUGGCAAUCAUUCUUGCGUGGAGACUAUCAACAAUUAUGUUCCACGCAAAACUCUAGAGUACUACACACGACCACAAGGCCAACAUAAAGAACCGCUAAUACCCCCUGGGCUGUUGGAUGCAUUUCAUCAUUUUGUUAUAGAAAUUAAUUUACAUCCAGUACGUAUUGCACUUAAUUUACAGUCAUUAGGUCUGCUCAAAAGCUUGCCGGGAUUAAAGAAAGCAUUAGAAUACAUGUGCGAAAAGGAGAUGAAGAAGCCCAAUGAUGUGAAUGAACUAAUGGCUUUUAAGUUUCACUAUCUGCGUUGGAUUGUGUCAGAAUUAAUGCGCUGUGACGAACAGUGUAAAGCACAACGUAAGGAAAAAUCUUCUGAAGGUGAUGCUGGAAAACACGACUUUGUGGAAUUAUUUAUAAAACGAGUUCUAAAAGAGAAUAAAAUUGGACAAUUGGACUACUUAGAGUUUACUCUACGCGAAUGUGUGAGAGAAUUUCCUUUCAGGGAAUGUACUGUGUUUCGGCAAGUUGUUUCUCAACUGGCAGCCAAGGAUCCUCAACCGGCAUUACUGGUAUUUCGCAAUGCUAUUAACGGCCAUCGCGGCUUUGGGGAUGAGACAUCAUAUUGCAGCUCGUGUGGAAAUGAAAAACCCGACAAGAAAUGCUCAAAGUGCAAACAAGUAAAAUAUUGCGAUCGAGAGUGUCAGCGUUUACACUGGUUCAUGCACAAAAAGACCUGCGCCAGACCUACCUCUAAUGCGUCUGCUUCAACUAGCACUUCAGCCGCGAAGGAGGCAAUCGAUACAAUUGAAUUACAAGAGGAAUUGUCAAAAAUUACCAGCAGCUAAGGAGAUCUGUCCAUAAGCGACAAAUGAAGAUUUUUGGUACCUUCACCCGUUCGUAUUCAGCCCAUCAAAAUAGAGCAUAUAGCUGUAUAGAUUUGACAUACCAGACUAUCUCUAAAUUAAAUAAGUGUCCAGUUUAUAGAGUCAAAUAAAAAAAUUUAAAUAUAAAACAAGUAGA